AUGGGAUCUAUCGGUGACUAUCAUGAGCUCAAGGCGGCCAAUGGAGUUGGGAAAGGGAUCAAACCUUAUGAAAUCGUGGAAGAGCCAAGUCGAUACCGUCGCAAAAUCCGCAUCAUUGUGAUCGGAGCCGGCGCAAGUGCGUUGAACUUUGCCCAUGACAUCGACACAAGCCCGUUAGACACUGAACUAGUUCUUUACGAAAAGAACCCAGAGAUUGGUGGCACUUGGUAUGAGAACCGCUAUCCCGGAUGUGGAUGCGACAUACCUUCUGUCAACUAUCAGUUCUCAUGGGCUCCCUCUCCAGACUGGACCUCCUUUUAUUCGGGUGCACCUGAAAUCCUGAAAUAUUUCAAGGGCAUUGCCGACAAGUAUGGACUUCGGAAAUAUAUUCGCCUGGAGCACAAGGUGGUAGGCGCAUUCUGGGACGAGCAGGAUCAACAGUGGCAUGUAAAAAUCCAGAAAGGAGAUAAUCCUGAAGAUGUCUUUGAGGACAAAGGUCACAUAUUGGUCAACGCAAGUGGUGUGCUGAACAAAUGGAAAUGGCCCGCAAUCAAGGGCCUCGAAUCCUUCAAGGGCCCUAGACUUCAUAGUGCAAACUGGGACGACAGCGUUCAAUUGCAGGGGAAGCGUGUUGCUGUUAUCGGCUCAGGCUCCUCUGCAGUGCAAAUCGUUCCAAGCAUUCAGCCAAAGGUUUCAUCUCUCAAAUGCUUCAUUCGCAGUGCCUCGUGGGUGACUGCCGGCUUUGGUCAACGAUUUGCAGGAAAAGGGGGAUCUAAUUUCAAAUAUAAUGAGAAGCAAAAGGAGAUACUGCAGAAUGAUCCUCAGAAAUACCUGGCAUAUCGCAAGAAGAUCGAGUCUGAGCUCAAUUCCCGUUUCCGAUUCAUUCUCAAUGGAUCCGAGGAGCAAGCAAAUGCGCGAGCAUACGCCGAGAAAGAUAUGCGGACCAAGCUUGCGGAUCAUCCAGAAAUCGCAGACUCGAUUGUUCCAAAAGACUUUGCAGUGGGCUGCCGAAGACCUACACCCGGAAAUGGAUAUCUCGAGGCGCUUUGCAGCGAGAACACCUCGGUUGUCAGUCAAUCAAUUGAAGAGAUUACCCCUAAGGGCAUUAAGACUGCAGAUGGGCUUGAGCACGAGGUCGAUGUUAUCGUGUGUGCUACCGGCUUUGAUGUCAGUUGGCGGCCAUCGUACCCGACAAUCGGCCGGAAAUCUCGCAGUCUGAGUGAGGAAUGGAAGAAUAUUCCAAGGACAUACCUUUCUAUCACAGUUCCACACUUCCCCAAUUACCUCAUUUUCAACGGUCCCUUUGGGCCCUACGGCCACGGAAGUUUCCUUCCAAUUACGGAGACCAUAUCAAGACACUUCCUCCAGAUGCUCGAGAAAAUGUCAUCAGAAGGUGUGACGUCUUUUGAACCCAAAGCUGAGGCAGUUGCGGAUUUCUUUGAGCACCACCGAAACUUCAUGCCUCGUACCGCUUGGACAUCUCCAUGUCGUUCUUGGUUCAAACAAGGAACGAUCGAUGGGGAGGUGAUGAUGUGGCCGGGCUCGAGAAUUCAUUUCUUUGAAACCAUGAAACAGCCCCGUUGGGAAGAUUACAACCUCGGCUAUACAACCUCUAAUCGGUUUGGCUAUCUUGGUAACGGCUUCGCUGCACGCGAGUUCGAUGGAAGCGACCUGUCGUGGUAUCUGGGUAUGAUUGACGGGAAUGAAAAGGCACAUCUCCCCGAUGAGGAUUUUGAGGCCUUUAUGGUUUAG